AUGAACAUCGCCUGGGAAGAACAACAAGUACUUUUGAAACAACGAGACACGGUCCACCGCUCUCCAUUGAAUGUGAUUUUAUGGGCGCUUGGGCAAUUUGCAGUCGAAGUCCCCACUGAAUUUACUCAUAGAAUUAACACCAUUUUUAUUGCUUUGUUAAUUCAAAAUGGUCUCCAAUAUGUCGACUCACUUGCUAUCUAUUCUUCAGUCAUUCUCUGUUGUGCAAUCAUUGGUGGAUUAGUUAAUCUUCUCUUCAUCAGUUAUUGUGUUCGGUUUGGUCGAAAGAAGAUCGCCAUCUUCUUCAUCUCACUCUUUUACUUUGCAUUAGUACUUGUAGCAUGUUGGACUAACAACGUUGUUGCUUUUGCUAUUCUUUUAUUUUUCUCUUCAUGGAUAACACAGUCUCCUGCUGCUAUGCAUGGCUCACAGAUUCCUUUUAUCUCUUCGAUCGAUUUGCACCAAUUCGCUGAUCAUCUCUCAAUAUUAAUAUCAACGUUGGUCAACUUUCUGUAUAUAUAUAUGAAAAGAGCAUUCUCCUUUGCUUCAUUCUUUAGUUUGAAUGGACAAGCACUUUCAAAAUUGCAAAAUGGAGUGGAAUUAGAAAAACCCAUUGGAACAUAUGCAGUGAUGACUGGAAUUAUUAUCUUGGCUAUUAUACUCCUUAUUCCUUACAUGUUCGUGAAAGAACACGUUUCCAAACCACCAAUUAAAAAUUUCAAGUACAAUGCUAUUUACAUAUUUAAUAACUUCAAAAUAGUAUUGGGAGAGAUGGUGAGAGAUAAAAACUUUAUUCUAUUUUUAGUAUGUAUCAUUGGUCUUCAGUAUUCUUCUUUGUAUACAAGCACUCUCUUCUAUACUGUUCAAUCGGAUAUUUAUCACGUGACCAAUUACAGUUUGUCAAUCAAAGAAAACACUUACUUCUACACAUCAGUACUUGCUAUUGGUAUUACUCCAAUAAUCCUUCACAAAUUUGGUCCUAGAAUGAUGUUAGUUAUAAUAUUGAUAUGUACACUUGUGUUGCAGUGCUUCUUACAAAUUGAAGUGAUUAACUCUAAUUUUGGAUAUAUCGCCAUCAUUUUUGGCGGGUUUGCUGGAGCCAGUACUAAUGUCACUUUAAGACGAUUUGUAUAUGAAAAUAGUACAUAUGACACUAUUAGUAUGCACUAUGGUGUAGUUUACAUUCUUACUAGAGUAUUGAAUUCAUUAACAACACUCUUUUCUAUCAUCUAUCAACUCCAAGAAAACGACUUAUUCUACAUUCGAUUCUUUGCAGUGGUAACAAUUUUCUUUGUCUUAACUAUCAUAGGACUUGUAUGUGUAAUCUUUCUAAAUGAUCAUCAUGAAGAAUAUUCUGUAGGGCUCCGACCUCCAUAUAUAAAGAAUAAAAUUAUUGUUGAAAAGGAGUGA